AACUCACUACAUUCAAACCUUAUGGUGGUCGUUUUCUUCAGACAGUAGAAGCUCCAGAAGCUGAGUCCUCGUCUUGUUGGUAAUGAUAAUGCUAAGAUCCGACGGCUUUGUUGAUAAUCUCUGACCCUUUCGGUUGUUGGUAGCCAAUUCGGCAGGAACACUUAGUUACUUUGGAUGACAUCUUCAGAAAGACCAAAGCCGCUCCCCGUAUCUAUUAUAUACGGCUGACUGAUGAAGAAGUUGCUAAAAAGCUUGCCAGUAGAGGAGAUGCUGAGAACUAGAGGUUUUAAGUGAACAAAGGACUUGUUAGAUAGAUGGAUUAUGGAGAGGUGUUGCGAUAUAAUACUGAUAACUGCUAGUUUGCCCUCAUAGAGAAGUUGCAGUCUUGAGGCUCACUAAGACCUUGCUCUCUUUUCUAUUUUCGUUGUUAAUGGUUACUGUAUUUUGCUUUGGGUUGAAGAAACAUAACAAAAUGUGCAGAGUCUACCUUCUUUUGAUAGUUGCAUAAAGAUGGCUUUGAAGCAGAGGUUGAGACAUUGGGGAAGAUUCGACACAAGAACAUUUUUAAGCUAUGGUGUUGUCUUACAACUAGGGAUUGCAAACUAUAUGCCUAAUAGAAGCAGCAAAAGUGGCCUUCUAGACUGGCCUAGGAGAUAUAAGAUAGCCAUGGAUGCAGCUGAGGGACUCUCUUACUUGCAUCAUGACUGUGCUCCACACAGAGAUGUUAAGUCAAAUAUCAUCUUGCCGGAUGGUGAGUUUGCUGACUUCGGUGUUGCAAACGCGGUCGAUGCCAAUGCGUCCAUGUCUGUUAUUGCAGGGUCUUGUGGUUACAUUGCUCCAGCACGGCUCAUCGUAUUGCUGGGGGCUUGCCACCACCCAUGCCAACAAGUGGUAGUUCACAAGGGAAUGAACAUCAUCAUCAGUUUGUGUCGCCUAGAGUCUCAAGUAGUCAAUCCACCAUGGCAAUGUCAUCACUGAUCCCCUCAGAGCCAAGUAGUGAAUGGGCAGCUGAUAGCAGUAGAAUGACGAUGCACAAUAGAAGUGUUUCAGAGCCUGACAUUGGGAGAACUCCAAGACAGGUUGACUCAUCAAAGGACACAAGCUCAAGUAACACAGGAAGCCAUGCAUCAGGAACUGGAGGUAUAUCACGCUUUCGUUGCUUUGGCUUUGGCUCCCAGCUUCUCCAGAAAACUGUUGGAUUAGUACUCAAACCCCGUCAAGGCCGUCAGGCAAAAUUGGGUGAUUCGAAUAAAUUUUAUUAUGAUGAAAAACUUGAAAGAUGGGUAGAGGAAGGUGCUGAACUUCCUGCUUCAGAACCACCCCUUGCACCUCCACCAACUGCUCCUGCUUUCCUGAAUGGAGCGCCCGAUUAUAAUGUGAAAAGUGUAUUGAAAAGUGAAAGUCCUAUAUGCAACAAUGGAUUUCCGGAAAUGAAGAGUCCAACUUCUUCUGAUAAUGGUGCUGGAAUUCCACCUCUUCCACCUACCUCCAACCAAUUCUCUGCUCGUGGUCAUAUGGGUGUUCAUUCAAGGUAUGUUGACACAUUCAAUAAAGGUGGUGGUAACCCAACUAAUCUAUUCCAGUUACCUUCUGUUCCUUCCAUAAAGCCUGCUACUGCUGGCAAUGCCAAGUUUUUUGUUCCCGCCCGAUGUCCCCUGUUGAAGAGACAGGGAACAGUACUUCCAAUGAGCAAGAAACUUCAAGUAAUAGCGAGAGUGAUUCAGUUUCUGCUGUUAAUGGAUCGACCCAUUUUCCUGCACCAACAUCGAGCGCUGUGCCUAUCCAAAGAUUUGCAAGCAUGGACAACCUCUCCAAUAAAGGAGCUGUUGCUAGCUCUCUAUCAGCUAACUCCCGGCAAACUGCAUCAUGGAGUGGCAGCUUUCCUGAUGCUUUUUCCCCAAAUAAAUCUGAAAUAAAACCACUGGGCUCUAGAUUGAGUAUGCCUCCGUCGUCAUUCAUGCCUAGUAAUGUUAAUUCGAUGCAUUCCUCAACGAAUGGUGGCAGUCUCAGUGAUGACCUUCAUGAAGUAGACCUGUGACGCAACAAGAUGUAUAUACCAAGUUUUGCUCGUCGUCAUGGUAUCCUGCUCGGAAUCUCUUCACUUUGGUGGUAAACAGUGAAGUGUGCGGUCAAUGAAGAUGGAAAAUCCUUUCCUGUCUUCUCACACCACAAAUAUACCCCCCCUAUUCUCUUUUUUUGUUUAGCUACUUUUUGUAAGAUCAGUUGUAUGUUGAAAGCAAAUGCUUAUUUAGAUGUAGGGAUAUAGGUUUUUAUUUCUUUUAUCCCUGUUAACACCUGCUGUUUCAGAAAUUUGUUAUUAUAAACACAAGCAAAGUCGUCUAGAGAUACAUUGUACAGUUGAAAUAUUCA